CACUCCCUCAAAAUGUUGGCUACGGACCUCUCUUCUUCUUCUCUAACACUUCUCUUAUCCAUAAAACAAAACUUCCCAAUUCCAACCUCUCACUUCCUACUUUCUCCUUCAAAAUCUCCUCGUCUCUUUAAUUUUUCUCUCUUUCUCUCUAAAAAUGCCGUCACCAUUCGACGCCGCUCCCGAGUGUUUUCUCAGACCCAGACGGAGUUGGAAUUGGCCACCAAAGUUGGACAAGACCGUCUCUUAAAGGUUCCUGCGUCGAACAUAAGGAAUUUCUCCAUUAUUGCUCAUAUUGAUCACGGGAAAUCAACUUUAGCUGACAAAUUGCUUCAGAUGACUGGUACGGUUCAGAAACGAGAAAUGAAGGACCAGUUUUUAGAUAACAUGGAUUUGGAAAGAGAAAGAGGCAUCACUAUCAAACUACAGGCAGCUCGAAUGCGUUAUGUAUAUGAAAAUGAACCAUAUUGCCUGAAUUUAAUUGAUACUCCGGGCCACGUGGACUUCUCUUAUGAGGUUUCUCGUUCGCUUGCUGCAUGUGAGGGUGCUCUCCUCGUUGUAGAUGCUUCGCAGGGAGUGGAAGCACAGACCCUGGCUAACGUUUAUUUGGCUUUGGAAAACAAUCUUGAAAUUAUUCCUGUUUUGAACAAGAUAGAUCUUCCUGGUGCUGAACCAGAUCGAGUUGUUCAGGAGAUUGAAGAGGUUGUUGGGCUAGAUUGUAGUGAUGCAAUUCUUUGCUCUGCAAAGGAGGGGAUUGGUAUAAAUGAAAUUCUGAAUGCAAUUGUUAAAAGGAUUCCGCCACCUUUGGACACAGCUGAAUGUCCGUUAAGGGCUUUAAUAUUUGAUAGUUACUAUGAUCCAUAUCGUGGAGUGAUUGUAUAUUUCCGAGUCAUUGAUGGAACUAUGAAGAAAGGUGACCGCAUUUAUUUUAUGGCGAGUCAGAAGGUGGAGUGCUCUUUCUCUUGUAUAGUUUUCCUUCUAGUUUGAAGAUUUGAUGAGAUCACCUUAUGUUAAAAGCAUAGGAUCAACUUUUAUGGAACCCCUGAGGUUUAGUGAAACAUCAAUACCCCCAAAUGGUUUUGAAACCAUCACAAAAACCCUUGUUGCUUGCUUUCAUUUUUGUUAAGUCACUAUUUAUCCCAGUCAUCAUGUUGA